AUGAGAAACAUUAGCUCUGCUUCUAGUACAGGCAGCAGCCCCCAUUCUCCCAUUCCAUAUUUGCUUGGUGGGAUAGGUGCCAUGUUGGCUCUUGUAAUCUUUUCUCUACUUCUCUUGGUGUGCUCUAUGUUGAGAAGAUCGUCAAGGAAUGAUCAUGGUGGGACGGAGAAGAUUGAGAUGGGUAAAAAGAUUAACCAUGGAAAUGGUUGUGAUGAGAUGGAAAAGAGAGUAGUGGUCAUCAUGGCUGGAGAUGAUAAUCCAACCUUUAUUGCUGAGCCAGCCUCCAUAGCAGCACCUGCAAUUUAG